AAGGGAAGGGAAGGAGGCAGUGAGGAGAGUUGGAGGCACUGAGUGGGAGGACUUGGCUGACUUGAGAAAAAAACAGUGACGAGUCAGGACGCGUCCUCGGUGGUUCGAUGAAGUACGUCGAGGUGAGGACUCACGAGUUGAUUUCUCGCUAAAAAAAAACAAAAACAAAAUAAAAUAAUUUUUAAAAAGAGAGAACUUUUACUCUCUUAGUCUUAGGAGGUUCGUCAGUCUCCUGUCGUCGUGAUCACUGGACAGUCUCCCAAAUGUGCGGAAAGGGGAUUUUUUUCCUGUGUGGACUCGCAGUCUCAGGCGUGCUGCGGGUCAGCGGGAUCCGUAUUUAUACUUCCGGGGAUGUGGAGGCAGUCAACGGGACGGACAUUCGUCUGAAGUGUACAUUCGAUAGCUCCUCUAACAUCAACCCCAAUAACAUCAUCGUCUCCUGGAGCUUCAGACCCCUUAAACCAGGCCGAGAAGAAUCGGUGUUUCACUACCAGCAGAAGCCAUACCCUCCUCAGGAAGGCAUUUUUCGGAAACGCAUCAUCUGGGCUGGUGACGUCAUGGGCCAGGACGCUUCCAUCAUAAUUCGUGAAGUGAAGUUCACCUACAACGGCACCUACACCUGCCAGGUCAAGAACCCCCCGGAUGUGCACGGCUCGGUUGGAGAGAUUCGACUGCGGGUCGUCACUACAGGUUCGAUUUUAGUUUCCCCACACGCGUCGUUCUCUGAGCUUCUGCUGCUGGCGUUUGCCAUCGGCGGAGGGAUUGCCGUCGUGGUGCUCCUCCUCAUCAUCAUCGUGUCUUGCAGGCGGUGCAAGAGGAAGAGACAAAGGCGGGAAGGGGAAGUGGAAGCUCCUCGCAAAGAGAGAAAAGAUCCCACCGUGUGCCACCCAAUGAGGGCCAUCCACCUGUACCUAUCACAGACGUCCAUAGAGAUUGACAGUUCAGACGGAAUGAUCUCAGAGGCCAGCACGAAAGAUCCCAGCUCGGAAUCAGACGGCCCGAGCUCAGAUGACGACGACGAUGACGACGAAGGUGACGAUUCAGACUAAAGAGGUGGGAACAGACAGAGGGGGGAUGCCCUUUUGAGGACGACAUUGCGUCCGAGUGGCGAGUAGACGAUGAGUGCGCUGCGCCCUUGCUAGUGAAGCCACGCACACUGUCAUCAUGAAUGGAAGGAAAAAGCAGACGGAUGUCCCCGUUUGAACGAUUCGCAGGAGGCACAAAGAGGUUCAGAAUCCUUGAAAGGGGAUCAAAAUUGUUUGUUUUUUUGCCUCCGGUCGAAAUAUUCCGAUCUGACCGAACAAAGGCUGUAUGUGAACUGUGCUGACACAGCGGGUGACGGUCGUUUUCCGAAUCCAUUCUAUAUCCCAUCGGCUGGAAUCGCACUAUGUUACAUGACAUGACUUGAAAACAAAAAUAA